CCCGGGAUUCCCUCCAGGUGACGAUGCUCUGGUUCUCCGGCGUCAGGGCUCUGGCUGAGCGUCCCUGCCGGCGCUCGCCCGGGAUUACCUGCUGCGUCCUGCUGCUGCUCAAUUGCUCCGGGGUCCCCAUGUCUCUGGCUUCCUCCUUCUUGACAGGUUCUGUUGCAAAAUGUGAAAAUGAAGGCGAAGUCCUCCAGAUUCCAUUCAUCACAGACAACCCCUGCAUCAUGUGUGUCUGCGUGAACAAGGAGGUGACGUGUAAGAGAGAGAAGUGCCCAGUGCUGUCGCGAGACUGUGCCCUGGCCAUCAAACAGAGGGGCACCUGCUGUGAGCGCUGCAAAGGUUGCACCUAUGAAGGAAGUACCUAUAACAGCUCCUUCAAAUGGCAGAGCCCGGCUGAGCCCUGUGUCCUGCGCCAGUGCCAGGAGGGCGUUGUCACAGAGUCCGAGGUGCGCUGUGUCGUUCACUGUAAGAACCCUGUGGAGCACCUGGGAGCCUGCUGCCCCACAUGCCCAGGCUGUGUGUUUGAGGGUGUGCAGUACCGAGAAGGCGAAGAAUUUCAGCCGGAAGGAAGCAAAUGUACCAAGUGUUCCUGUGUUGGAGGCAGGACACAGUGCGUGAGAGAAGUCUGUCCCAUUCUCUCCUGUCCCCAGCACCUUAGUCACACACCCCCAGGACAGUGCUGCCCUAAAUGUUUGGGUCAGAGGAAAGUGUUCGACCUCCCUUCUGGGAGCUGCCUCUUUCGCAGCGACGUUUAUGACAAUGGCUCCUCAUUUCUCUAUGAUAACUGCACAGCGUGCACCUGCAGGGACUCCACUGUGGUAUGUAAAAAAAAGUGCUCCCACCCCGGCAGCUGUGACAGAAGCCAGGAACCCUGUUGUGAAGAGUGUCUGCUUCGAGUGCCACCAGAGGACAUCAAAGUGUGCAAGUUUGGCAACAAAAUUUUCCGGGAUGGAGAGAUGUGGUCCUCUGUCAACUGCACUAUCUGUGCUUGUGUGAAAGGCAAGACAGAAUGUCGUCGGAAGCAGUGUGUUCCCAUCAGCAGCUGCCCCCAGGGUAAAAUUCUCAACAGAAAAGGAUGCUGUCCUAUUUGCACUGAAAAGCCCGGCGUCUGCACGGUAUUCGGAGAUCCCCACUACAACACUUUUGACGGCCGGACAUUUAACUUUCAGGGGACCUGUCAGUACGUUUUGACGAAAGACUGCUCCUCCCCCGCCUCGCCCUUCCAGGUGCUGGUGAAGAACGACGCCCGGCGAACCCGCUCCUUCUCGUGGACCAAGGCAGUGGAGCUGGUGCUGGGCGAGAGCACCCUGAGCCUGCAGCAGCACCUCACCGUGCGCUGGAACGGCUCCCGCGUGGCGCUCCCCUGCCGUGCGCCGCACUUCCACGUGGACCUGGACGGCUACCUCCUAAAAGUGACCACUCGAGCAGGCUUGGAAAUAUCAUGGGAUGGAGACAGUUUUGUGGAAGUCAUGGCUGCCCCCCAUCUCAAGGGCAAGCUGUGUGGUCUUUGUGGCAACUACAAUGGACACAAACGUGAUGACUUAAUUGGUGGAGAUGGAAACUUCAAGUUUGAUGUGGAUGACUUUGCUGAGUCCUGGCGGGUGGAGUCCAAUGAAUUCUGCAACAGACCCCAGAGGAAACCCGUGCCUGAACUGUGUCAAGGGACAGUGAAGGUAAAGCUCCGAGCCCAUCGAGAAUGCCAGAAGCUCAAAUCCUGGGAGUUUCAGACCUGUCACUCAACAGUGGACUAUGUCACUUUCUAUAGGUCGUGUGUGACAGACAUGUGUGAAUGUCCAGUCCAUAAGAACUGUUAUUGUGAGUCGUUUCUGGCGUAUACCCGGGCCUGCCAGAGAGAAGGCAUCAAAGUCCACUGGGAGCCUCAGCAGCACUGUGCAGCCACGCAGUGUAAACAUGGUGCUGUGUACGAUACCUGUGGCCCAGGAUGUGUCAAGACCUGUGACAACUGGAAUGAGAUUGGUCCUUGCAAUAAGCCAUGUGUUGCAGGUUGCCACUGUCCAGCCAACUUGGUCCUUCACAAGGGAAGGUGCAUCAAGCCAGUCCUGUGUCCUCAACGGUGACCUUUGUCCUUGUCCUUAAGACUUUGAAACCUGAUGUCCUUGACAAUGAAGUGGAAGAGCCAAUGAAGGACUGCAGUAUUUGUGUGCCUGAUUCUGCAAAUUCACACACAGAGAGUAUAUAUGUGUAUAUAUAUAUAUAGAUAUAUAGAUAUAUUCAAAAACAUUUCAUCAUUUAUAUAAACUAUAGGUGGACUAUUAUAUGUAUAUUUUUUGCUAUAAGACAUAUUAUUUCUAGGAUCCUAAUCUGCAAGCCAUUGGAUACAUUGUAUAAAAAUACUGCAGGUGCUUUUAAUUUAAUAAGGCGGCAUGCAGACAUAUUGGAUGGCUUUAAUAUCACACGCGUUUGUCAUUUUAAAGGAAAUUUUCUAAGACCCUCAAUUGCCUGCCUGCAUUAAUUUUAGCUUUGAGUCAGGAUUUGUAAUUGAGUGGGAAAUGUGUUUCUCUGGAGAAGGGCACAUUUAUCUAGGGGGCAUUUCAUGUUUCUAAAGAAAGGAAUGUCUGCCUGAGAGAGAUGGCAGGAGAUUGGUGACAGGCCCUAAUGGUGCAUGCAAAGCAAGGGAUAGGCUGUUAGACUUUACUGGGUCAUGGUCUGAUAUUAUUAUUUCCAAAGCUGAUUGGUUAGUUGCCAAGAAUAUUUGUCAUUAGGGCUUAACCAAAGAAUCAAGUGACUUCUUACCAUCUUUGAAUAUUCCCUCCAUCUCCUAAUUAUAUAUGUGUGUAGGAUGGAUAUCAUCAUUUGUAUGUCUAUGUGUUGAGAUUAAGGGGUGUGUGUGUGUGUGACCUGUUAAUUUUAUUGAGCAUGAUAAGAUAUUUGGAGAAACUGUUGCACAACAUAUGAAGACAUAUCCAUUUCUCUGAAUUUCAGAGCAAUUUAGGAUGGGCAAGUCCAAUAAGUUGAUAUAGGCCCUCUACAUUUUGUGAUUAUUAUGUAAAAAAUGAAAGAUUUUAGUUAUUUCCAGAGGAUUCUUGUCCAGUGCUAUUUGGAAGCUGUUAAAAUUGUCACGGUUGUUAGAUGGGAUAAAGCCUUUGUUGACCAGCUGGUUUAGCACCAGUCCAAACAAAGGGUGGCCUAUGUACUUGCUGUAAUUCACUGAGAGGUUCCUACUAGUCACCAUGUGAUUUUCCUGACUUCUGUUUUCAGCUGAAUAAGUGGAAGUGUCUGCAAAAACAAAACCCACUGAUGUUUAAAAAUAAAAUGUUCUGCAUUGUAGUUAAUAAAGGGCUUAAGAUUUAAAACAAUGCAUUUUUCUCUUUCAAGAUGUCCUAAGAUGUACUUCAUAGCUAUAACAACUUGAAGCUAUUCAGUUUUUCUAGUUUUACUUAUA